AUGACUGGCUGCCCCGAACGUUGGGUGUGUGAAUGGCCAGCGUUGUUAGAAUUAUUAGCGAAAUCCAUAGAUUCGGGCUACCAGAGUGGAAAUAAACGGCUAACAGGAAUAACAGGUGGCACCAAUGCUGGAGGUUCUGAUUUCAGUUUUGCUUUGUACACAAGAUCUGCUUUGAAACCAGAUGCCCUGGUAAAUCUUAAAAAUGCAGAGAAUCUAUUGCAUCUGAAAGAGUACAACACUUCUAGACCAACGGUUUUCUACUUCUUUGGCUAUAUAGAGGACCUCAGCAGUGAUAGUGUAAAGACAGUAAUUGACGCAUACUUGAAACGUGGUGAUCACAACAUUGUUAUUGUUGACUGGAGUGAAACCACAAAAAUUCGACCCUAUCCACUCAGCAUUUUGAAGCUGUCAGCAUCAGCAGAUGAAGUUUCUGAGGCUCUGAUAACACUGCUUGAUUCAGGUCUCCAAAGAAAUCUUACACACUUGGUGGGUCACAGCAUGGGGGCUCAGUGUGCUGGUCUCGUUGGUGAUCGCCUUUCUAAGACCCACAAACUUCCUCGAAUCACAGCACUUGACCCAGCUUAUCCACUCCUGUACAUUUUGGAAAACACUCACAUCAAGGAAACAUCAGCAGAUUUUGUAGAUGUGAUUCAUACUGAUGGUGGAAAAUAUGGAGUUCCAAUGAAUACUGGCUCAGUGGACUUUUACCCAAAUGGUGGAGAGAGGAUUCAGCCUGGCUGCCCCAAACGAUCACAGGGAUUGUUAACACCAUCUGACUUAUGCAGCCACUGGAGAUCCUGGGAAUUCUAUGCUGAAUCCCUGUUGAAAGAAGAAUCAUUUCUUGCUGUUCCUUGCAACUCUUGGGGUGAUUUCCAGAAAAAAAGAUGUCCCACGCAAUCAGGACUGGCUGCUAUGGGUUUCAAGGCUGAUCCAAAGUUGAGAGGCUCAUACUAUUUGACUACAAACUCUGUGAGCCCCUUUGGUCGUGGUGCAGCGGGAGCUGUUCCAUUGUGAUUCGAGCCACUGUGCAGUGACUGUACUUCAUGUACUCUGUGACCUCAGAGAGAAGUUAAACUAUGGAGUUGGAUAUAUCAACAGAUAACAGUAGUUUGCAACAUUUAUGGCCAGUUCAUUAUACUAUUAAUAAUUAAUGUUAUUUUUAUAUCCAUAUUACAUAAUUACAGUAAACAUGUGGUGUGUUAUUGACUCAUUGUAUGGAUUUUGUAUUGUGCCAUAUAUAUUUAAUACUUUCAUUCAAAG